AUGGUGCGCAGAAGAGGUGAAUCGAAGUAUACAAAUCACCAGAUUACCUUUAAAGACCAUGCCGGCAACCCAGCCAUCAUGUCAUGGCACGGCCUGAAGACUCAACGUCUACCAACACUCUCUGUCUGGGUGAUUUACAUGGUCAACCCAGAAACUCCUCUGAAUUUCGACACCAGGAAAUUCCAGCUCACUUUUGACCAUGAUAGCGACCCUUAUCUCGGUCAAAGUUUCAGAUUCGAGUUCUUCUUCCUACCCAACGCCACACCAGAAGAAUGCGUCGCACAUUAUAAGAAAGAGAUUGCCUCGAGAGGUACCGUCUGGCGUCAGAUUCGCCAGGUGAGGGAGGCUACCAAGGAUGAACGAAGAGAAAGGAGGAUGAGGUGUGUGAGAGAAAGGAAGGCUAUGAAGGAGGAGCAAGAGAAGAUGAGAGAGGCAGAUCCAGACGUUGACUUCAACGGGGAAGAGGUUCUUACCGAUUAUACCUCAGACGGCUAUGAUUCACCCGAAACCUCACUCUACGAUGAAGAGGAUGAAGAGCCUCGACCUACUGUCCCUAAUGACCAGAACCUCCCCGGGCUACCAUGGCUAAAACACUCCGAACUUCAAGGCUAUCGUCAAUAUUUCUUUAUGUGUACAGAUGACGAGGUCAAAUGGGGUCCUGCACCUCCUAACCACAACGACCAAGCUCUCAAUCUGCGUGUUAUCGAGUUUGAUCCUGUACCUGUGGAACUUGAAGAGGGUGAGGUCAAAAGGUGGGAUCCAUUCGACGAACCUAUUCGGGUCAGACAGGAUCCCGAACUAUGGUAUAUCUGUUGGAAGUAUAGCAGAUGUCGGGAUUGUUGGGCUUUGCAGGCUUUGCAGGCUUUGGAGGUUUCGGAUGCUGAGGAGGAGCUUGGGUGGACGACAUGGUGA